AUGGGCAAGUGCUGCAACGACCUUGGCUCCAGCCCGACCCUGCAGCUCUUCAUCAUCAUCUCCUUGUUUGCCUAUAUUGUGAUCACCCUUGUCAACAUCGUGGUCGACUUUCUACAGCAAGACUAUGAGAUUCCGUACGACGUCUUGAACCCGAGUGUUACGGUGGUCAUGCUAGGCAUCUUCAUCGUAUUCUGGCUUACCUGCUGCUCCCGAUGCUGUGCGCCCUGCUUCUGUGGACCCGAGAUGCCCGAUGUUCCUGCCGGCUGCAUGUGCCAACAGUGUGGAGGUAAUCCGGCGAUGAUGGACUGCCCGUUUUACAUCGUGUUCCUGCUGGAUGGUGUGGCAGGAUCGCCUGAUGCAGCCAUCGAUUCGAUACUGAACGACCCGAACGUGGAUUGGGAUACAGCAAUUGAGAUGAUCGAGUUCAUCGAUAAUUUCACGUGGCUUCACUACCUCCGCUUCGUCCUGCUUGUCAUGGCAAUCGCCGGGAUCGUUCAGGCAAUCACGAAGCGCAAAAUGAUGCUGAACGGGGAGUGCAAAUCAUCCGCCGCCUAUGGGGCUCCACCCAGCUAUGCCGGUCCACCAGCCUAUGCCGGGGCUGCACCGGUCACUGUUGGUGCGCCAGUGGCGGUACCGGCUGUUGUGCAGGCCACGGUGGUCCAGGAGACCAAUGAGUCCAAUCAGAUUGCAUAG